AUGGACUUGAACUUUACGGCGAAAACUGUCGAAAUAAACGGUGAAACCCAUAGAAUUCUACUGCAAAACGAAAAUGGACCUUGUGCGCUCUUAGCACUUGCGAAUGUUCUAAUACUCUCCCCAAGUCAUACCAAAAUUUCUUGUGAGUUAAUAAAGUUGGUGAACAAAGGAAAUGAAGUCCCUUUAGGAGAACUCGUUCAAGUGCUAGCCAACAUCGGUUUACAAUUUACAGAUAAAGCUGGUACUGACAUAAAUGAAUUAUUAACAAUAUUACCCCAAUUACAUAAAGGCUUGAACGUUAACCCCAAAUUCAACGGAUCCUUUGAAAAUAGUAAAGAGAUGUCAAUAUUCCGGUUGUUUGACGUUGAUCUCGUCCAUGGUUGGGUAAUCGAUAAUCGUAUAGAUGAUGCAAUAAAAGAAAAAGUAUGUCACUACUCUUACGAAUCUGCCCAAAGAAUCUUAACACAAGCAGCUGAUAUAAAUAGCGGCCUUAUGAAAGAAGAUAACUCGAAGGAAAUCUUGGACGAUGCUAUGCAUAUUGAACUUUUUUUGAACGAAUCACCAACGCAGUUAACAGACAUCGGGCUACGACAACUAAGAGAAAAGACACUGCAGAACACAUAUUCAAUUUUAUUCAGAAACGACCAUUUCUCUACAUUGUACAAGUACAAAGAUCAAUUAUACACACUGGUCACAGACUUUGGGUUUAAGAAUUGUACAGGCAUCGUGUGGCAGUCUCUAGGUUCUGUAGAUGGGUCAGGUGAUGCCUUUUUUGCUGGUGAUUUCAGUAGCGCAAAGUCAAAUGAUGAGUCGCCGGCAAAUGAGACUGAACAUGGCUUUAAAAAUAAUAAUCGGUCAUUCAAAGAGGCUCAUCAAAUUGAAAAUGAUAGCGAAUUGGCUAGACGUUUACAGCAGCAAGAAGAAGAACGUCUAACAAUGUUAGAAACUAAGCGAAGGAACUGCCACUCUAGAAAAAAAUCAGAAAGCCCACCAAAAAAAGAGGCGUCUAAACGAAAAAGUAGUCCUGCAAAGGUGAAACGGUCCGAAACCUCAAAAAGUGAGUGCAUUGUGAUGUAG